CAUUGAAUAACUGCCUGGGUGGUUCCUUUCCCGCCAUGGCCCGGAGCUGCGCCUCAGCUUCUCCCAUGUUCCUCCUAUAUAAAUGCAGAAAUGGAGAACUCAGAAGUAGGUAAACUUGAAGAAGAAGAAGAAGAAGAAGAAGCAGGAGGAGGAGAAGCGGUAAGGGAAAAGGGAAAAAAGCCCAAAAGAUGGAGCUCAGCCUAAGCGGAAACGCUCUGAAAAUCUUUGCCAGGUCCAUCACGUGCCUCGCGCGCAUAGGCAACGAGGUCGCCAUUCAAGCUUCUCCUUCUCAGCUUACUAUCCACAUUCUCAACUCAUCAAGGUCUGCCUAUCAAUCAAUCACAUUUAAGCCCAGCUUUUUUGAUGCCUAUACAGUUUCUGGUACCCAGGUGCAAUGUAGCCUUCUUUUGAAGGCUAUUUGUGCUGUUCUUAGGACACCUCUUACAAAUAUUGAUCAUCUGAGCAUGCUAUUGCCUGAUCCUGAUGCAUCAAAAGUGCAAUGGACUUUACAGUGCUACAAUGGAGGUAUGAGGAAAGCCUAUUGGAUUACUUGCAAUGUUGAACCUGACAUACAACACCUUUCUCUUGAUAGGAGAAAGCUUCCUAGUAGCUUUGUGGUGAGGCCUCGUGAUUUGAACAGGUUGCUAGGUAAUUUCCAAUCAACCCUUCAGGAGAUUACUGUCAUUGCAACAGAGCACACAUCCUUACCUCCUGAUUUGGCAAGUGAAAUUGGAGGGAAAGCUGUUGAAUUUAGAAGUUAUAUAGACCCGACAAGAGAGAAUGACUCAUCAUUAUACACUCAGCUAUGGAUUGAUCCGACUGAAGAGUUUUUGCAAUAUACUCACACAGGGGACCCUGUAGAUGUUACAUUUGGUAUGAAAGAAUUAAAGGCAUUUCUUGCUUUUUGUGAAGGAUGCGAAGUUGAUAUCCACUUUUAUUUUGAGAAAGCUGGCGAGCCUAUUCUAAUGGCACCAAAAUUUGGUCUAGAUGAUGGAUCAACUUCAAAUUUUGAUGCUACUCUAGUACUUGCGACAAUGCUUACAUCACAGCUCCAUGAACAAACUCCCUCCGAACCCCCACCUGCAGCUGCCACAAUGCAUGGUCAAUCCAGUCAUGGUACUGGGUCCCAAGCACAAGAGAGAACAAGAGGGCACGUCUCUGAGCAUGCAUCUGAGCACACCAGAAUUUGGUCUGACCUUUCAGGAAGUGGAGCUAGAAAUAGUAGCGGUGCUGAAGAAAGGCAGGUUGAUAGGGGAAGAGAUCCAAAUGUUGAUGAUCAAAGGGAGAUUCAGAGAAUUAGCACAAUGCACAUUUCUAAAGCUGCGUCUGCUGCUGAAAAUGUGGCAGGUGGUCAUAAUCUCAACCAUCCAGUGGAAAUGGACCGUGCACAAGAACCUCAAGGUCGGGCAGAAAAUGUAGGUCAUAGUUUGUCGCAACGCCAUCCGAGUAACUGGGUGGAUGCUGGUGAUGAUGAAGACGAAGGGGAUGAGACUGAACUAUGCGUGCAAGCGACACCACCAUAUCAUGAAGAAUGAUAGCACUCAUAUCAUUAUCUUAAUUUAUAGGUUGUAAUACUGGAAGCUUUGCUGCAGCAGCAAGUAGGGAUGAAACGUUGCAUAUAUCGACAGGUGCAAGAAUAUAUUGCUUAUGCUAAUGCUAUUGUGUAUGUUUUUCUGCUUUUUGAGUCUCUCGUAGUGGAAGAAGAAACAUUUAGGAGGUUAAGAGAGCAUAAUGAACAUCUAGCGUAUGUAUGUAAACAACCUCCAACCUUUAGGUGGUGUAUUUUAAUGAUUUGCUUUAAUGGGUUUGAAGGUA